AUGGCAGAACAUCUCGCGUCCAUCUUCGGCACGGAGAAGGACAGGGUGAACUGUCCCUUCUACUUCAAGAUCGGCGCGUGCCGCCACGGCGAUCGCUGCUCGCGUCUUCACAACAGGCCGACCAUCAGUCCGACUCUUCUCCUGGCCAACAUGUACCAGCGGCCCGACAUGGCGACACCGGGCGGCGAGCCGGACAAGACGAUGGAUCCGAAGAAGAUUCAGGAGCACUACGAGGACUUUUACGAGGAUCUGUUCGAGGAGCUCAGCAAGUACGGCGAGCUCAACAGCCUCAACAUCUGCGACAACCUCGCCGACCACAUGGUGGGCAACGUGUAUGUCAACUUCCGCGAGGAGGAGCAGGCUGCUACGGCUCUCAGAGCGCUCACUGGCCGCUUCUAUGCAGGGCGGCCUAUCCUGGUGGACUUCUCGCCCGUCACCGACUUCCGCGAGGCCACGUGUCGCCAGUACGAGGAGAACACGUGCAACCGUGGCGGCUAUUGCAACUUCAUGCAUCUGAAGAAGAUCAGCAGGGAGCUUCGACACAGGGGAGGGUACCAGGGGGGAGGCGGGGGUGGGUACGAUGGGUACAACGGCGGGUAUGGCGGAGGCGCGGGGGGUGGUGGCGGCGGCAGGGGAGGCUACGAUGCGUAUGGUGCUGGCGCUGGCGGCAGUGGUGGGUACCAGGACGGAGCUCCGCCGCGUGACUAUGGUGCGCCAGUGGACGCGCGGGGGGGAUACGGGCCUCCUGCAGGGGACUACAGGGGCGCGCCAGGGGGGUACGGCGGUUACCAGGGCGACGGCAGGGACGGAGGGUACGGCGCUGGUGGUGGUGGUGGUGCACCACUGGUGCUGCCACCACAGCAGGUGAAGCAUGAGCAGCGCGAGUAUGACGGGUAUGGAGCAGGAGGUGGCGGGGACAGGCGCGACUACCCUCCGCAGCAGUACUAA